UAAAUAUGAAGCUGUUCUCUCUUGUUCUUACGGUUCUUGUCGUCAUGAUGGCUUCGGUUGCUAACUCGUUCAACGUUCCACCAACAGGCUUGUGCUAUGUUCCACCAGGAGGAGACUGUUACAGAUGUGAUUGCAAGAAGCCAGCCACCUGCUAUAAAGGAACAUGCCGUUAAAUUAUUUGUUCGAAGUAUCCUGCAGUGAUUCUACAAAUAAAUAAUGAAUUUUAAUAUUGUUCCGAAAACAAUAAACCGGUA